UAUAUAUAUGAAUUUCAACAUCGAGAUUAGAAAUAAAGACAUAAUCUGAGGCCGGGAGCAGCGCUUAAUUUGAUAAAAAAGAAAUAAAUAUAAUGGAGAGCAUAAGUGAGUUGAGAUGGAGAGGGAAAAGCCUUAAAGGUAUCCAAACAAAGUCAGGAAAGAAUGGAAGGGAGGAAUACGAAGACGAGCCGCUGAGUCCAUCAGCUCUGAUGUUUCACGAACCCAACUUCAACGUGCAUGUCAUUGCAGUGAUGGGGAGCAAGUGCACCCUCCAGCCUCAACUAAUCAAGGACACCCUGGUCCACACCUUGCUGAAGCACCCUCGUUUUACCAGCGUCCCGGUUGAGGACGAGCAGCAUAAAAUGAAAUGGGUGGUGACAGAGGUGGACUUGGAUCAACAUAUUGUGGUGCCGGAAUUGGAAACGGAUGAAGGCGAAAACAAUCCUCUCCUCCGCGGAGGGUCAUCGCCGGCGGACAAGCUCGUGGAAGACUACAUUUACAACCUGAGCAAAACAAGCCUCCCCAAAUCAAAACCGCUGUGGGACCUCCACCUCCUCAACCUCAGAACCUCCGACGCCGAGGCCGUCGCAAUCCUGAGAAUCCACCACUCCCUCGGCGACGGCGCGUCGCUCAUCUCACUGCUCUUGGCGUGCACUCGCCAGACCGCCCACCCUCAUCUCCUCCCCACCAUUCCGACGAAGAAAAGGAGGCCGCCGCCCAGCACCAUGUCGUCGACCUCCUAUGCAUCCCCGAAAUUCUGGACAUAUUUUGUGUCGAUGUGGCAUGUGGUGCUGAUGAUGUGGCACAGCAUAGUUGACGUGAUUAUGGCUGUCGCUACCGCCAUGUUCCUAAAGGAUACUGCUACUCCUAUCAAGGCUAUGCCCGGUUCACAGUUUCAUCCCAGGCGGGUCGUUUUUCGGACUUUGAGUCUACAUGAUUUCAAAGUCAUCAAGAACGCCAUGGACAUGACCAUAAACGAUGUUGGAUUAGGAGUCACGCAGGCUGGAUUGUCACGUUAUCUCAAUAGACGAUAUGGCGAGGGCAAGGAGAGCCAUUUAGGAGAUAGAGAUACGGAUAACGGGAAGCAUCUUCCUGACAACAUCCUACUUCGGUCAACACUUCUUGUUAACCUAAGACCAUCUGCUGGAAUACAGGCAUUAGCAGAUAUGAUGGAAAAGGAGUCAGAAGCGAAAUGGGGAAAUUGGAUUGGUUAUGUAAUCCUCCCAUUCAGAAUUGCGUUGCGGGAUAAUCCCUUGGAUUAUCUAAGAGAAGCCAAGCAAACCAUUGACCGCAAGAAACGUUCCCUCGAAGCGCUUUACACUUUUUUUAUAGCUGAGUUUGUACUUAAGCUUUUCGGCAUUAAGGUAGCAGGCUGGUUAUCACACAGGAUACUUGAGCACACGACAAUGUGUUUCUCCAACUUGGUUGGUCCUGAAGAGGAAAUCGGGUUUUGUGGUCACCCCAUGGCAUAUCUUGCUCCUUGUUCUUAUGGACAGCCCCAUGGAUUGAUGAUUAACUUCUUGAGCUAUGUAAACAAGAUGACCAUGGUCCUAUCAGUGGACGAAAACGUUAUUCCUAAUCCACACCAACUGCUAGAAGAUCUUGAAAUGUCCCUCAAUAUCAUGAAGGAUGCUGUCGUUGCCAAGGACUAGUGUAAUAGUAGUAUAUGACUCAAUAUAUGGUUAAAUUUUUAAUAUGUUGAAAUAUCUAUAUCAGAUCAUUAGUAAUAUCACAUAUUUUUAAUCCGUUCAAGUAUGGAUUUUAAAAUACAAUUAAUGUGUGCGUUAUAUGUGCUCCUUUUGAUCUCACUUUUCAAUUUUGAUAAUUAUUUGGUGUAACACCCUACUUUUUGUGAGAUAAUUAUAUCAGUCAUUACUUU